AUGAGCCUCUACACACAGAAAUUUCAUUUUUCAAAUCCUCCCUUCCUCCUCCUCCUACCCUCAUCCCCUGCUUUGUCUUCCUCGCUCCUUCCCGUGCUCUUCGUUGGUUGCUGUAGCAACAACGACGACGAGGACCUGUCUCCGGAGCAGAAGAUGGAGAGAGAGAGGGAACGGAGGAUGGCGAACAACGCGCGGGAGCGUCUGCGCGUCCGCGACAUCAACGAGGCGUUCAAGGAGCUGGGCAGGAUGGUGCAGCUGCACCUGAAGAGCGACAAACCACAGACCAAGUUACUGAUCCUGCACCAGGCCGUGGCUGUCAUCCUCAGUCUGGAGCAACAAGUCAGAGAGCGAAACCUGAACCCUAAGGCGGCCUGUCUGAAGCGCCGCGAGGAGGAGAAGGUCACUGUGUCCUCGGACGGGGCUCCCCUGUCAUUGGCCGCCGCACACCACGCCGCCGCCGCCGCCAUGGGGCGGGUCCAACCCCUUGGGACAAAUGUAAAACGCAGCAACAAAUCUCCUCCCCCCCUGAAUG